UUAUCAAGAAAGACAAAUUUACACGAUUUCGUACAAAUUUCAUACGACGUUCCGCAACUCUUUUCAAAAUACUCCCGUAUCAAAUUAACACCAUCUUCACUCCCACUUCCUUCUCUCUCUACUACCAACGGGCGGAGCACUCACAAUUUGCAUUUACAACUAUUACCACAGGAGAGAAAAAUGGUGGGGAUCGGCGGGAAGAAGGUAGGAGAGAUCGUCGGAAAAAUAGGCGGAAAUGGCGUCGGCCAAGUUCUGGUUGCUGUCGCCGCUGCGCUCUUCGUCCGGUUGUUCUCCGGCCCCGGUCCUGUGUUGUUUCCGGAGAGCGACUUCGACGACGAGAAUAGCGAAUUUGACGAUUCCGGCGAGUCACCAGUCGACAGGAAAGUUUUUCCGGUGACUAUUCGUUGGAGUAACAUCACUUGCUCACUCUCCGACAAGAAGUCUAAAUCAGUAAGAUUCCUGCUAAAAGAUGUUAGUGGGGAGGCUAAACCUGGAAAGUUGUUGGCGAUAAUGGGGCCAUCAGGGUCGGGGAAGACAACACUACUUAAUGUUUUAGCAGGUCAAGUUGCAGCGUCACCAAGGUUAAGUUUAUCAGGCUUUCUGGAAGUCAACGGACAGCGAAAGUCAAAGAAAUCUUACAGGUAUGCUUAUAUCAGACAGGAAGACCUCUUUUUCUCCCAGAUGACUGUGCGUGAAACACUGUCUCUUGCUGCAGAACUCCAGCUUCCACAGAUGUCAGAACAAGCAAAAGAUGAUUAUAUAAAUGAUCUCUUGUGUAAAUUGGGCUUGGUCAGUUGUGCGGAUUCAAUUGUUGGUGACGCAAAGGUGCGUGGCAUUAGUGGUGGUGAAAAGAAACGUCUGUCUCUGGCGUGUGAACUAAUUGCAAGUCCUUCAGUUAUAUUUGCAGAUGAACCGACGACUGGGCUUGAUGCGUUCCAGGCAGAAAAGGUAAUGGAAACGCUCAGCCAACUUGCACAAGAUGGUCAUACUGUGAUCUGCUCAAUACACCAACCUAGAGGAUCAAUUUAUUACAAAUUCGACGACAUUAUCUUGCUGACAGAUGGUUCUCUUAUUUAUGCUGGCCUUGCUAGGGAUGAACCAUUGUCAUAUUUUGCGAAGCUUGGGUACCUCUGCCCAGAUCAUGUCAAUCCUGCUGAAUUUUUGGCUGAUCUCAUAUCGAUUGAUUAUAGUUCAUCUGAAAGUAUUAACAGCUCUCAGAAAAGGAUAGAUGGUCUUGCUGAGGCACUUUCGCAACAAAUUUCCUCUGUUAUUUAUGCAACUCCACUUAUUAUUGAAGAUAAAUUCAUAAAAGGAAUGAGGUUUGGAGGAAAAGCAUAUGCUAAGCAAGGGUGUUGGUGGAGAGAAUUUUGGUUGCUUCUUAGACGUGCGUGGAUGCAGGCUUCUCGAGAUGGGCCAACAAAUAAGGUACGGGCCAGAAUGUCAAUUGCAUCAGCAAUAAUAUUUGGCUCAGUCUUUUGGAGGAUGGGAAGAUCUCAAACAUCAAUUCAGGACAGAAUGGGGCUGCUGCAGGUUGCUGCUAUAAAUACUGCAAUGGCUGCUUUGACAAAGACUGUUGGUGUUUUCCCAAAGGAGCGUGCAAUUGUAGACAGGGAGCGGGCAAAGGGGUCUUAUUCGUUGGGUCCAUACUUACUCUCUAAGCUGCUGGCUGAAAUACCUGUUGGAGCAGCGUUCCCGUUGUUGUUUGGUUCCGUUCUAUAUCCUAUGGCACGUCUGCAUCCCACUUUGUCCAGAUUCGGGAAGUUCUGUGGAAUUAUGACUGUUGAGUCUUUCGCUGCAUCUGCUAUGGGUCUAACUGUGGGAGCCUUGGUUCCAACCACUGAAGCAGCAAUGGCAGUUGGGCCAUCUCUUAUGACUGUUUUCAUUGUCUUUGGAGGAUACUAUGCUAAUGCAGACAACACCCCUGUUAUUUUCCGUUGGAUACCUCGCGUGUCUCUGAUAAGAUGGGCUUUUCAAGGACUAUGUAUCAAUGAAUUUAGAGGCCUGCAAUUUGAGCAUCAACAUCCACUUGAUCUGCAAACUGGAGAACAGGCACUGGAACGGCUAUCAUUUGCUGGUAGUGAAAUUAAAGAGACUGUGGUGGCGCAAAGCAGGAUAUUACUAUUUUGGUAUUGCACAACUUAUCUGUUACUGGAGAAGAAUAAACCCAAGUACCAACCACUUGAGGCUCCUUCCCAAGGUCAAGUGCAUGAUCAAGUGUUACCAACUGAGAAUGCAGAGGAUAAAGAAGAACAGCCUAUCUCUGAGCAAGUGGAGGGAAAAGAGCAGUCUUUCUCUGAGCAAGUCGAGCAGCCUUUCUCUGAGCAAGUGGAGGGAAAAGAGCAGCUUGAACCUCAAGCAGAUCAAAUUCAACCAUUUUUCCUGGAAGGUUCUAAGUAAAGAGGAGAUAUAUAUUUUCGCACCAAGGGAGGCCGUCUUUCCUACUCUGAUCAGAAAAGAUAACUCAGUAAUCAAGCUGUUGUGCUCAACUUUAUCACACAAUCAGGACAACAUGUAAAACUGAUCGCCUUGAAAGAUGCUUGAUCACCUUGAAUUUGAUCAUAGUGCUUACUUUAUUGUAUAGACAGAUUCACCAAGGUUUUAGCCUGUAUUAUCGUUUUCCGGUUGCC